AAGUCACAACAACAAAGGCAAGGGAACGAGGAAAAUCCAGUUUCAGCUUGAACUUGAAGACAAAAUACAUGCAUCCAACUAACUCAUUACUCAACGGACUUCUGUUUUGCAACUGGUGAUUUUUGGCAACAGAAAGAAAGAAAAAGGGAAAUUCUGUGAACUUUAUCGGACAGCAUUUUGUCCUUAAUACUGAGCCAUGGGGAACACAAUGAAGACAUAACACAGGUGUACAACAACUAUCCAGGGGAUUUAGGGGCAGCUCUAUACCGGGAGCCGUUUGACUUCAACGCUGAGCCACCUUGGGAUCCUAGCUGAUAGUGGACGAGUUCAACCCAGGACUCAUCAAUUUUGUUGUAAAAGUCUAGGACCCCAGGGGCUCAGGAUCGAGCGAGCAAGACAAGUCAGAUUAGCCACAUUCUUUAUGCCUGUCGGAUUAGAGGAAAACGGUUGAGAGGAUGAAAGGUAUUCCUGAUGAACCACAGUAUUCUGUUGGCCUGCUGGGGGCAGGCACAGCGCUCUGCGACGUGAUUGACAACCACAUUUAUGAACAAACUCUGUCGGAGAGGAAAGCAUUUUUUGUAGCAGACCUGGGAGUCGUUCUGAGGCAGCAUGUUCGCUGGCGAACACACAUGGGCCAAAUUCGGCCCUACUACACUGUCAGAUGCAACAGCAGUCCAGCUGUUAUUGAAGUUCUUGCUGCUCUUGGCACUGGAUUUAUAUGCACCAACAAGUCUGAACUGGAGCUGGUGCAGAGCUAUGGUAUUCCCUCUGAAGACAUAAUCUACAGUGGUGUCUGCAAACAGGUCUCCCAGAUUAAAUAUGCUGCUAAGAAUGGCAUUGACCUUCUGGUGUGUGAUAAUGAAGCAGAGCUACGCAAGAUUUCACGCUGCCACCCCAAUGCCAAGCUGCUGCUGCAGGUGGCCACAGAGGCAUCAGACGAGGAGAUAAGCAUGACAUUUGGCUGUUCCCUAAAGGACUGCAGACAUCUGCUGGAGAGAGCUAAGGAACUGGGUGUACAGGUCGUUGGGGUCAGGUCCCACAUUUCCGUCUCCUGUGAAGAUGACCAGGUGUUUAUUCAUGCCAUCUCAGAUGCCCGCUGUGUCUUUGAUAUGGGAGAGGAAAUGGGCUUCAACAUGAACAUCGUGGACAUUGGAGGUGGCUUCAGUGCCGCUGACACAAAGCUGGAGCUGAUCAAUAGGGCAGUCAUGUCUAUGGUGGACCUAUACUUCCCUCUGUCUACUGGGGUCUCCAUCAUUGCUGAGCCUGGCAGCUUCUUCAUAUCCUCUGCUUUCACCUUGGCUGUUAACAUCAUUUCCAAGGGGGUGGUGGCUCGAGAUCUCCAGAAACAGGCACAUGAUGAUCUUCAUCCAAACAAUGAGCCAGAGUUCCAGUACUACAUGAACGAGGGAGUGUAUGGGUCAUUUGCCAGCAAACUCUCUGAUACAGCGAUCGCUACACCAUCCGUUCACAGGAACACCUCUCUUGAUGGUCCAGUGUUCAGCAGCAGCCUGUGGGGUCCCUCUGGGGAUGACCUGGAUCAGGUAGUGGAGCACUGUUUGUUACCUGAGCUCAACAUCGGAGACUGGCUCUUGUUCACCCAUGCUGGGGCCUAUAGUCUGGGCCAGCCACUCAGCACAACCACCGACUCACCUCCACCCCCUGUAUACUAUGUAAUCUCCUCCAGAGACUGGUUUGAAAUGCAGGACACUGGUGGCGCUCAGGAGGCUACACUGAAGAACUUCUCAUUAGUCCCUUAUUUCCUCAAUACCUGCCAAACAGAGGCUGCACUCUCUGUCCCAGCUUAGCAAUCAUCAGGACAGGAGGGCUUUUACUUUACUGUGUUCUGCUGCUAGCUUCGUCUCCUCAACAUUCCACUGGGCUGAAGUACAUUAACAGUGCAGAUAGUGCUUGAACUUGCUGGGACCAGAUAUAAUUGAUCUCACAAAGCCUAAUGUACAGUGUAACUUGUGUUUAGACCUUGACACCCCAAAGUGUUAAUUAGUAUCCAAUAAGACAGAUUCAUUCUUCCCUUGGCUUUGGGCAUCCCAUGGCAGUGCAGUUUACACUCAUACAGUGGACAUGAAAUGGUUUUAAAUAAUAUUUGACAAAUGUAUUAUUUGUAUCACUGCUGCUGCUGCCAGUCUUGUAAAGUAAUAUAUAUAGCUUAGCCUCAAGAUGUAUUUUAAUGAUUUUAAUUGGUUGUAUAGUUUAUGUUGUGCGAUAAGAGCUUCAUGUCAUUUGAAAUGUGUUGUCUUUAUCGCUGUUUAAACUGAAGGCUUGCAGCACUAUGUUGCUGCACAUGUAAAUGUGCAUUUAUUCAUCUGUUUGAUGAAGCCAGUGUGAUCAAUGUGCACUCACCUGCUCCUGGUAAACUUCAGUCUGCCUUUGUGUUUGUUGGGAAGCUAAUGGCUCGGUGUCCACCAGUAAACUGGUGUGGUUUGAGGUCUGAGGUGCGAGUGAAGGACCAGUUGGUGACUGCUUUACCACAACGUAGCAGCAGAUAUUUUUUGACAGCACGUGUUGCAUAUGGAAUAAAGCAAGUGUUGAUGAGUAGCAAAUCAGCUGACAUGGAAAAGGGGCUUUUUUUUUUUUUUGAUAGAAAUCAAACCUGAAACUGUUAAAACCCAUCAUAUUUUACAAUUUCCAUUGUACAUGUUUAAGGAAAAGAUUUCAAGUACAGUCAUGUUCAGAUUCUGCAAGUGUACUUGCAAAGUCUACAUAUCUGUGAAGUUGUCUUCCAAUCUCUGUGUAAGGCAUGACAUUACCUGUAUAUAUACACUUGUAGCUGUGCUUGUCAACCUGAACAAUAAUAAACAUCUCACUGACUUGA